CACAGCCUCUUUGACGACCGUCAAGAAUCCUGCUACGUAAACUUCCUGGCCGCCCACAAUCGCCACGACUUCCAAACGUCUUUCCUUGCUCACGGCUACGGCGACUGAUCCAGAACUGCCUUUCAUCGCUCUACUGUACUUGUCAACCCGCCUCAUCCAAAGAAGUACACGAAACGCGCUGGACCGCUAACGUUAAGACGUUACCCUUCCUCAACUGGCCUCGUCCAGUUGAACCAUCCUCGCCAUGGCGCGCGUCUACGCAGAUGUAAACGCGAACAUGCCGCGCAGCUACUGGGACUAUGACAGCGUCAACAUAUCCUGGGGCGUGCUGGAGAACUACGAGGUCGUGCGCAAGAUCGGUCGCGGCAAGUAUUCGGAAGUCUUCGAAGGAAUCAACAUCGUCAACUAUCAGAAAUGCGUGAUCAAGGUCCUUAAACCCGUGAAGAAGAAGAAGAUAAAACGUGAGAUCAAGAUUCUACAAAACUUAAGCGGUGGUCCGAACAUCGUUGCGCUGUUGGAUGUCGUACGUGACAAUCAGAGUAAAACGCCAUCACUUAUAUUCGAAUACGUAAACAACACCGACUUCCGUACUCUGUAUCCCAGGUUUACCGACUACGAUGUCCGCUACUAUAUCUACGAGCUCUUAAAAGCUCUUGAUUUCUGCCACUCGAAGGGCAUCAUGCACCGCGACGUCAAGCCGCACAACGUCAUGAUCGACCACGAAAAGCGAAAGCUACGCCUCAUCGACUGGGGCCUUGCCGAAUUUUACCACAAGGGCACAGAGUACAAUGUCCGUGUGGCGUCCCGUUACUUCAAGGGCCCUGAGCUCCUCGUGGAUUACCAGGAAUACGACUAUUCUUUGGACAUGUGGAGCUUGGGCGCGAUGUUCGCCAGCAUGAUCUUCCGGAAGGAGCCCUUCUUCCACGGCAACUCGAACCCGGAUCAACUUGUCAAGAUUGCGAAGGUGCUUGGGACCGAAGAGCUGUUUGACUACCUUGACAAGUAUGACAUCGAGCUGGAUCAGCAAUAUGAUGACAUCCUGGGAAGAUUCCCGAAAAAGAGUUGGCAUAGCUUCAUUACCCCAGAGAAUCAGCGAUUUGUGAGCAGUGAGGCGAUCGACUUUCUAGACAAACUGCUUAGAUAUGAUCACAUGGUACAAACGUCAAUACAGAUCAUUGAGCGAGUAUCAAAAUACUAAUCAUUUGGAAGGAACGCUUGACUGCAAAGGAGGCCAUGGCACAUCCGUACUUCGCGCCAGUUCGGCAGGCUGCCGCUACAAAUCACACAUCCGGGUCCAGCUGAUGUACUUGAAAAAGGCCGUGUCGAUAGCUUAUCAGAGUGCAUACGAAUUCCGAAUCGCCGGCUUGCAUAUAUGGUUGAGCGUAGCCGUUGCCGCGCUUGGGGACUCAUUCAAUAGGCAGGUCCCUUUCGCUAACCCCGCAUGAUAAGGACCUCGAUGAAGCGAUCUUCUACAGUCUGGAGCGUUCGAUUAUUCCAGUGUCGAAGUCCUGACGAGACGAUCCUUGAACCUAAAAGCAUGGGUGGAAAAACUUGCUCUACCUUCUGCUAUCGGUGAUUCGGAGGCAGCGGAUGGUCUUUCUCUACACUUAUGAGUGGUUGUGCGUGUUCGACAUCGUGGGCUUCGGGUUAGCUUGGAAAGAAACUCAUAGUAAUACGAGAUGCUAGCAUAGGAUACCAUCCCCAGUAGAUAGGAGCCUGUAAUAUCUUUGACCAUGCUUGACG